ACAGAGAAUUCAUUCAUACUCUCCUGCCUACACACACAUGCAGGAAACCUUGUAAAAGACUUGAUUCAGUGUGUGAUGCAAAGGAGGUGUGAGGCCAGGCCCAGCUAAGUGUGCCAUGCUUUCCUUUGGAGUUGGCUGACAGGAAAAGCGCAGUGAUUUUAGGGGCUGAGCCUUUCUCAGACAAACUGCUCUACUCUAAAGGCUGAGGGGGAGGAGGUCUUCUUCAGAUGAAUAACACUGAAUACGCCUGUCUUGGUACCAUUGGCCUGUCUUUGAUCCGUUCUUAUACAUUCUUGGAGUAAAUUCAUCCUCUGCGUGGUCUUUUGUGCCUUUGGUAGAAUCAGUGGCAGCUGACUGAGAGAGAAAAUGAUCGACUACGAGCGACCCUCUCUAUUAAGCUGUGGAGCGGGAGGGAGGGGUGUACUGGUACCCCAGCUCUCGGCGCACACACAAACAACUAUGCCUCAGAGAUACUCCCAUCAGAGGAGGAAAGCCAGCACAGCUGCUGCUCGAAGGAUGGAGAGAAGACGCCGGGACCAGCAGAAGACCAACAACAACCCAAACGACAGCCCUAACAAGCGCUCCAAGAAGCUCACCAUACUUUCCAGGUCCUUAAUUCUAUGUCAUUCUAAGACCAAGGAUGACUGCCCUGGAUCAGAAGCGAGGGAGGCUGGGGAUGUGUCAGAGGAGAGGAGAAAAUGGAAUUUAGGCUGGAGGACAGACAUGUCCCCUGAGGAUCAAACCGGACACGGAAAUGCAGAAAUCGGACAAUGGAGGACUUGGCAAUCAACCCCACAGACUAGAGGGACAGAGGCAACCAAACAGCUGCAUCAGAGCACAACCUUCAGUGAAAAUAAAACAAGACUGCGGAGAACUUUCAGCAUCAAGGAGAGUAGUAUUUGGAGGAUGUGUGUAACCAUUAGGCCGACUGAGGAGGUGUGUGUACCACAAAUGUCGGAUAGCGUCGUCCUGACAGAAGACCAAAAGUCUCACGAGGAGCCAAGGAUGAGUGGCGGGGAUGUUUACAGAGGUUCCAACUUCCUGAGUCCUGACAAACUGGCACCUUUUAACGGACAGUGUCUUACCAGCAGUGCAUGGAUGGAAGUGGAGAGAUUGAGGAGCGUAUACACAUCUUGCAGCGAGACAAUUUCACAGUGUGAAGACUCUCUUCAUUCACAAGCUCUGAGCACAAGCCUACAGCAUUCAUCCCUUAUUUCCCCAUCAGAUCAACUGUCUUUGUCUGCAUAUAUAGAAGAAGAACUUGCAGCCAACAACAACCACCUCAAGUUGCCCAUUCCAGAGGUAAACGAAGAGACAUGUUGGGAGACAGAAACAUACCAGCAGUAUCCAGCAGGACAGAUGAGCAGCAAUAAGACGCACUCCAAUUCGAACAGUGUUUGUCCCUACUGGAUCGGGGACUUGAACAGCAUCAUCAUGAAGAGCCCUGAGAUGUAUGCCAAUGAGCCUAACAGGAGUGGUCGUUUCUAUGGGAACAGAAAGUCCCAAUCCCAACAACUUGAUUUUGCACAAAAUUCACUUCAGCAUAGCCGCCCAUCACGUUCUCUCAGCUCUGCGCAGCUGGUCCAUUCCUGCAGUAACACUCAGGCCUUUAUAAUCUGUAACAUUGUGUUGAUGAAGGGCCACGGCAAGGGUCUGGGUUUCAGCAUAGUCGGCGGUAGGGACAGCAUGUAUGGACCAAUGGGGAUUUAUGUAAAGACCAUCUUCCCUGGUGGGGCAGCGGCAGCUGAUGCACGGCUACAAGAGGGAGAUGAGAUACUGGAGCUCAAUGGGGAGUCACUGCAUGAUUUGAGUCACAAUGAAGCGCUCCACAAGUUCAAACAAAUCAAAAAGGGUCUAUUGAGUCUGGUGGUGAGGACGAGCCUGCGGGAUGGGGCUUUGUGUGGCCAGGCCCAGGUAACUCAGCUGUGCAGAUCACGCUCACUCAGCUCCACCACAGGCAUGGAUGGAAUCAGUGCCGACAUGAGGGACUACAACUACUUGACUAAAACUUGCGACAACUCUAGAAGGAGUGUUGCUGGGGAGCCUGCUAAACCCAAAGACCGCAUCAUGAUGGACAUCAUCCUCCACAAAGAGGCCGGUGUUGGUCUGGGUAUUGGACUGUGCUGCGUUCCGUCCACUGAUGCGUGUCUUGGAAUUUUCAUCCACACCCUCUCUCCUGGAUCUGUGGCACACAUUGAUGGCAGACUCCGGUGUGGGGAUGAGAUCAUGGAGCUCAAUGACACUGCGGUUUACAACAUGGCACUAAAUGAUGUCUACACGGUCCUGAGUCAAUGCAGUCCAGGUCCAGUCCAUGUUAUUAUCAGUCGACACCCAGAUCCCAAAGUAUCAGAACAUCAGCUGAACGAUGCUAUAGCUCAAGCGGUGGAAAACAGCAAACUGAAAAAGAACAAGAGCCAAUGGAGUAUCGAUGGUCUGCGAAGGCUGGAGUCAUGUUCUCACAGCCAGCCAAGAUGUGAGCGUUGUUUGGAAAGAAGCUUUGGUCAGAUCACUGUCCGUCGGGCUCAAAAGUUCAUGACACGCUCCUACAGUGAUAACACCAACAGCAACUUUCACAACCGCUGUCUCACCACCCGCAACCCCCAUAACACACAUCAUAACCCACCAGCUCGCAUCCAUACCCUGGACACACCCAACUCCAUCAUUACAGAGACACGGUCUGACAACAGACGGUCCGUGCCGGUGUAUCCCGAUGAGGACUACAGUGUUCCCUUUAACUGUCCUGUUGUCAGCCUGUCGAGUCAGCAGACCCUGGAUGAAGCCUUCAAGGACAAUAUGUCGAUCCCCAGGCUGUGUGCUGCUCCACGUCGCUACCUCUGCACUCAAGAUGUGACGGGUGAAGAAUGUUACAAUGGAGACUCCAGUGGUUCCAGUCCGUCCCCAUGUGAAGAUGAUGGAUUGAACACCUCAUUAACUACAAACUGCCAGGAAGGAGAACAAAUGAGAAGAACAUCAGAAAGCAGCAAAGACAACGUCACUUUUGAGGACAAACUCCGCACAGGUGGAUCCAACAGAAAAGCUCUUAGGAGGCAGAAACGCAUUGAACAACAGCUUCAGGAUCCCUGGGUUCGCCUUUCAGACACUUCCCCUGAAGAUCUGCCAGAAGUCAACCACAACCGUCAGCUUCUUCACCACCUUGCAGACAGCACGAAGUCUGUCGGUGUCCACAUCGCACCUGUCAUCAUGAGUACUGAAGAACACACCAUAGACCUGACUGCUGAGAAAAAAAUGGAGAUCCUCAGCGCUUUAAGGAUGGGGCCUCCUGUGGCACCAAAACCUGCUUGGUUUCGGCAAAGCCUGAGAAAGAUUCGCCAUGAGCAGGACCGGAAGAAGCCAGAUGAACCUGUCAAGACGAAGCAAGCUGGAGGAUUUUAUAGAAGUUUUAAUGUUAGAUCAGCCUCAUUUGUGGCCAAUCGGUCCAUCAAAGACAAGAUCCAUUCAUUUGAAAGCUUCUCAAACAGUACAGACAAAGAGGAAAAAAGGAGUCCUGUGGUUUUGUCCAACUCCCUUCAACUCAUGGAUCAACAUUGGGACAGAAAGUAUGAAAAAAACAAAAAUGACAAUCCAGACAACACGCUUAAGCGAUCUGCGUCUGAAAAGGGAAUAGAAGGUGCACAAACAUCUGCGCCACUUUCUGCUAGUCUUGAAAGUACUGGAAAAUGUAUUUUUUUUAAUACAAAGCCUCAAUCCAGCCAGUCCCUUGCAGACUCCCCGUCUUGUCAGACUAGUACAAAUCUAAAACAUGGGGGGAAAUGUUCAAAUUCAGUUUCAGCGCAGCAUACCUUGACCGUCCAAACAUCCAGAGAACUAGAAGGUGCAGAAGUAGAACCAAAUUUACUCAGUGGGUUUGCGGAGGAAAAAGCCUUCUCCACUGCAAGCCUCACCUCUGUGGUAUUCAGCCAUACUGAAGGGAAAAGUUCUCCAGAAAGAACAGAACAGAAUGCAGCAGAAAACCAAAGAGAACUUGACCUGAAGUUGACCAAUCUACCAACAGACAGUACCUCAUAUCAAGAUCCAGGGGGGGAGAAUUUUAGUAAAAUCCUUGCCUUUAGUAACCAGGUAUCGCAAGCGUUGAUGCGCACCCUACCAAUUUCCACUGACCAUGGAAACACCAAUCCAGAUCUCUCAGGAUCCAUUGUCUCCGAUAUUAUGGACUCUCUGCCGUGUGAUGCUGUUUCAGAUGUCACUGAUCCAGGGUUUUCUGUUAGCUUGGCCACAAUCAGAGAAUGUAGCAUUGAGUUUGGACAAACAGGGUCCCAAGAAGUUGCUCUUUCUUCUUCUGCUGGUGCUCAGUCAGUCAUCUCGGUCAUCCCGCCACAGGAAAUACAGAUGAUGAUCAGAGAAGUCAGAGCUCUGGACCACAACACACUAAAGCAACUGCAAGACAUCCACGUUGUGAUUCUGCAUAAAGAAGAAGGAGUCGGGCUGGGCUUCAGCAUUGCUGGAGGCUCUGACCUCGAGAGCAAAUCUCUCAGAGUGCACAAAGUGUUCCCAGGCGGACUGGCCACACAGGAGGGCACCAUCCACAAAGGAGACGAGGUGUUGUCCAUAAACGGCCAGGCGUUGCGUGGCGUUACGCACGCUGCUGCUACUGCAGCUCUGCGUCAGGCACGCACGCUCAAGCUUGCCGUGGUGGUGGUUUGCAAGAGGACAGAAGAGGAAGGCAGAAGCGGUGAUGAGUCGAACCCUGCAAAGAAGGACAAAGGCACAAUACAAAGUGUGGAGCUGGAGAAAGGAGCAGGUGGAGUUGGCUUUACCUUGGAAGGAGGAAAGGCUUCAAUCCAUGGAGAUAGACCAUUAGUCAUCAACAGGAUCUUUAAAGGUGGAGCAGCAGAGCAAAGUGGUCUUCAGUGUGGAGAUGAAGUGUUGCAAGUCCUGGGUACCAGUCUGCAUGAUAUGACUCGCUUUGAGGCUUGGAACGUGAUCAAGGCUUUACCUGAAGGCCCCAUUACAGUACACAUCGGGAGGAAUGAAGAGGCCAAAAGCACGAAACACGAAUUUGUUGCACCUUUGUCAACAGACUAAGCGUCAUCCAUUUAUCAUCUUAUGGCGGAUGAUAAAUGGCGUAUGAUAGUUGUCGAUUGGCGAAGCAAGCACUGGUGUUUAAGUCUUAAAUACUUGUUUGCCGUAUGAAUGUGAACAAAUGGUUGGCAUAUGAUUAUACGUAAUUGGUGUACAAAUGUGAAUGAAUGGUUGAUGGUGGUUGGAGCCAUUGGUUCAAGUUGGCAGCCAGUCUAAUCCAGAACGGCUAAGGCCACAAAUAUAAAUGAUCAUCAGCGGUGUGUGAAUGUAGAUUGAACAUGUAAUAGUUUUAGUGAAAAAUGAUUCGGGUGUCUGGCAAUGCCUUUUAUAUAUCCGAUCAUUUAUUAAUGGGCAAUGUGUAACCUAGUGACAGUUCAGUUUGUUACUCGGAUUUAAGGUAACAUUUUAGUUCAUUUUGUGUACAAUUAAUAAACAAAAAGCAACAUGACUCAGCUUUUAAGAAGAAUGUUGAGUAUUUUCCACUUUUCUGACUUAUAAAUGUUGAUUAUACUUGUGUGAAACAAUCCCAAAAGAUCAAAUCAUAAGAUUUGUGCAGUUGGGCGUGAGCUUGCGCGCAGUUUUGGAUGCCUUUGCACUGUAAAAACUGAAAUGUAAGUGUAGUAAAGUGACUUAGUCCUUAUAAUGCUCAACUCGAACUUUUAAUGAAGAUCAGCACACAUAUACAUUAUACACAGCUAUUAGCUCUACAGCUGUCAAAACACUACUGGCCCCGUUGCCUAGGAACCCGCCUGGACCCCCUAGUGGUGGUCACGGUGCAGCCUGAUCAAAAAUGGCACAUUAACAUUACAACAUUCCCUCCACCCAUAGUCCAGUCAAAUAUUCAUAGUCCCCUCUUAGUGUAAUACACAACCCCCAGAAAUCACUGAGUCUGUGUGAAAACAUAGUCCUUGAGAUAUGAUGGAGGUUUCCUUUGGCGAGCGGUGCCCCUGACUCCCACUUCUGCAUCCUGUGCUUGAUCACCUGGUUCAUGUUCAUCUGGUUCCUGAUCAACUAGUUCCUGAUCAACUAGUUCCUGAUCAACUGGUUCGUGAUCAACUGCUCCUGGUGGUGCUGAAUCGAAAUCCUCUGGAAAACUGUCCUCGGAUGUGUCACAAAGAGUUUCCUUCUGAUCAUAAACGUGGACGGAUCUGAUCUUGAUGUCUUCUCACCAGCUUGCCAUCUUGAGUUUUUGCUGUCCAAGACACUGGACCAGUCCUCUCCACGAGUCUUGCCUGAAUCCAUUUCUGGCCCGCAUAUCCUCGUAUGUAUACGGCUUCACAGUCUGUGAACACUCGGUCCCUUGCCCUUUUGUCAUGGUUCUGUUUUUGUUUUUCCUGGUUUGAGCUCACUUUGUCUGACAGUGCUGGCCUGACCAUGUCCAGCUGCGUUCGUAAUCUCUUGUUCAUUCGCAGCUCCGCAGGUGUGGUGCCAGUUGUAGUCUGAGGAGUUGAUCUGUAUUUAAACAGGAACCUCGACACCUUUGUUUCCACACUUUCCUCCCCCAUCUUCCUGAUGGCUUCCUUGAAGACCCGUACAGCGCGCUCCGCACAGCCAUUUGAGGACGGGUGGUAUGGGGCUGUUGUUACAUGUUUUACGCCAUUUUUUUGGAGGAAAUGUUCAAACUCUGCACUGACCAGAAUUGGCCCAUUGUCUGUAACCAGACUUGCUGGGAUGCCAUGAGUGGCAAAUAUGCUUCUGAAUUUCUCAAUAGUUAUUGAAGAGGUUAUGGACUGCAUUGGGAUGAUCUCCAUCCACUUGGAGUAAGCAUCGAUGACAAUCAGAAACAUUUUUCCUAGAAUGGGCCCGCAAAAAUCCAAAUGUAGUCUCAUCCAUGGCUGAUUUGGCCAUUCCCAGGGAUGUAGCGGCGCGGCCGGAGGUGUGGCCUGGUUAGCUUGACAUGUAUGGCAUCUGCGCACUGCUGCCUCCAACUCCUCAUCCAUGUUGGGCCACCACACGUAACUCCGGGCUAGGGAUUUCAUCCUUGAGACCCCUGGAUGAGCUGCAUGUAGCUCUUCCGUCAUUACCUGCCAACCUGGAGGUGGUAUUACCACCCUUGUCCCCCACAGAAGGCAGCCAUCUUCCACACUCAACUCAUGCUGUCUUUUCAUAUACGGCUUCACUCGUGGAUCAGUACAUACCUUGGGCCAGGAACCAUGUAACAGCCACUGUUGAUCUCGUCUGGUCCAGUCCCGGAUCUGCUUGGCUUGGAUUGGUGUGCCAUUCAUGUGUUCCAUCAGCAUUAUUACCUCUUCCUCGCGUGGUGUACUGCUGGGCCUGACUGGUAAUGGGAGUCGGCUCAAAGCAUCAGCGUUGCCAUGUUUCGAGCCUUCCUUGUAUUCUAAGGUGUAUUCAUAAGCUGCCAAAAGCAAGGCCCACCUCUGCAUUCUGGCUGCCGCCAACUGUGGAAUGCUUUUGCUCUCACCCAAAAGACCCAGUAGCGGUUUGUGAUCUGUGACAAUGGUGCAGUGCUUGCUGAAAAGGUAUUGAUGAUAUUUUUUUUAGGCCAAACAUGAUGGCUAGGGCCUCCUUUUCCAAUCGAGAGUAACCCCUCUCAGCCACUGUUAGUGAACGUGACAUGUAUCCAAUGGGCUUCUCUGAACCAUCUGGGAAACGGUGAGAUAGAACGGCUCCCACACCAUAUGGCGAAGCAUCACAGGCCAGAUAAAGUGGCUUUCCGUCAUCAAAGUGUAUCAAUAAUUUAUCAGAUUGGAGACACUUUUUUGCUGCCUCGAAUGCUUGACUCUGAUUCGUCGUCCAUUUCCACGCAUUUCCCUUUCUCAACAGUUCGUGUAAAGGCUCCAAGAUGGUGGAUAUGUUUGGCAAGAAUCUGUGAUAGUAAUUUAGCACUCCAAGGAAGGAUUUCAACUGUGUAUGGUCAGUUGGCUGAGGAGCAUUUACAAUGGCUUCAACCUUGUCCGCCACUGGAUGUAUGCCGUUGCAGUUGAUUUUGUAACCGAGAUACACUACCUCGGGUGCCAUAAACACACAUUUUUGUUGUUGCAAGCGAAGGCCUGCAGCUGCAAUUCUCUCAAGCACCGCUCCGAGAUUUUUUUAAGUGACUAGCAUCAUCCUUCCCUGUUACUAAAAUGUCGUCCACUCUCACCACUACUUGAGUCAGUCCCUGCAAUAGACCAUCCAUGGUGCGCUGGAAAAUGCCUGGUGCCGAAGACACCCCAUACGGCAAUCUUGUGUACUGAUAUAGUCCUCGAUGUGUGUUUAUUGUGGUGAACUUCUUUGAGUCCUCAUCUAACCUGAGUUGCUGGUAGGCUUGAGACAUGUCCAGUUUUGUAAUUUUUUUUACACCUCCUAAUACUGCUAACAAGUCCUCUGUUUUCGGGAUUGGGUAGUUAUCUAAUUUUGACACUGGGUUUACAGUGACUUUAUAGUCCCCACAGAUUCUAGUUGUUUUGUCCGGUUUUAUGAUGGGCACAAUGGGGGCGGCCCACUCCGAAAAGUUCACGGGUUCAAGAAUGCCUUCCUUCUCCAGCCUCACUAAUUCAGCCUCAACUUUGUCUUUUAGUGCAUAUGGCAGUGGUCGAGCUUUGAAAUAUCUUGGCUUGGAAUCUCGCUCAACAUAGAUUUUUGCUGAGGCCCCGACUAACGUACCCAGUUCCUUCUUAAAAACAUCCUCAUGUCUCGUGAGUAGCUCAUCUAAGUCCUGCUGUAUACUUAACCUUAGGCUAAAUACAGUGCUCCAAUCUAUUUUAAUUGCUUUCAGCCAAUUUCUGCCCAUGAGAUUUGGGCCUUCUCCCUUUACCACCAGUAAUGGUAAUUGUUUAGCCUGCCCUCUGCAGCUGACUUGCACAUGCAGUUUCCCCAACACUCCCACCUUGUCUUUGGUGUAGGUGUAUAGUUUCACGUGUGUGUGCUGGAGUCUUCCUCCACCCAUGUUUUGGUAUGUGUCCUCAGUAAUUAUCGUCAUGCCUGCCCCAGUGUCAAUUUCAAAUUCAACGUCAUGUCCAUUUAUUUGUAUGUGCUCUUUGUAUGGUUCCACUUUCUCUUCCAUAGUUAGGUUAUAGAGUGUGUGUGCAUAUUCUACAUUUUCGGUCUCAUUUCCCAACCUGUAAGUUGCACCUGAUGUUGGUCCUUCAGGUUUCCUUAUCUGCCUGGCACUAGACAUUUUCUGGCCAAGUGCCCCCCUCUUGUGGCAAUUGUGGCAAACUGCAUCAACGAUCCGGCAGUCUGUUGGCCCAUGACUACCACCGCACCUGAAACAGCCACUCAGUGGGACUCGCCGAUCUGCUCCUGCCUGGACUUUGUGGACCGUUCCAUCUGCCCCAGUUAGUUGCAAGUCCGCCAGGUCCUUGGAUGCUGUUUCCAUCGAUGUGGCCAAGUCAAUGGCCCGUGCCAGAGUCAAUUUUUCAUCAUCCUCAGACAACAAACGACGUUGGAUGCGAUCAUCGUUGAUACCACACACGAGUCUGUCUCUAAGCAUGUCAUCUAAUGCAGUUCCAAAUUUGCAAUGUUCCGUGAGCCUCCUUAGCUCUGCGACAAAUGAAGAAAUGGACUGACCUUGUUGUCUCAAUUUGGAAUGAAAUUUGAAUCGUUCCACAAUCAAACUGGAUUUUGGUGCGAAGUGAUCCGUUAAUUUCUGAAGCAUCUCCGUCAAUGUCAUGUCUAUAUCCGCCGGCUUACCGGGCUGGCACGAAUCUCGCAACACUGCAUAUACUUUGGCCCCACACAAACUCAGGAAAAUUGUCUUCUUUUGUCCUUCGUCUGUGAUUUUGUUAGCCACGAAGUAAAAGUCCAGUCAUUCAGCAUACUGUUGCCAAUCAUCUGUAGCUUGGUCAAACUCCGUUAAAUUUCCAAACAACGCCAUUGAUGUCUUGAAUUUUUUUUUUUUUUCACAGCCAUUAGCUCUACAGCUGUCAAAACACUACUGGCCCCGUUGCCUAGGAACCCGCCUGGACCCCCUAGUGGUGGUCACGGUGCAGCCUGAUCAAAAAUGGCACAUUAACAUUACAACAUUCCCUCCACCCAUAGUCCAGUCAAAUAUUCAUAGUCCCCUCUUAGUGUAAUACACAACCCCCAGAAAUCACUGAGUCUGUGUGAAAACAUAGUCCUUGAGAUAUGAUGGAGGUUUCCUUUGGCGAGUGGUGCCCCACGCAAACUUUUAAUGAAGAUCAGCACACAUAGGGACGGCGUGGCGCAGUGGGAGAGUUGCUGUGCGCAACCCGAGGGUCACUGGUUCAAAUCCCACCUAGAACCAACCUCGUCACGUCCGUUGUGUCCCGAGCAAGACACUUCACCCUUGCGCCUGAUGGGUGCUGGUUGGCGCCUUGCAUGGCAGCUCCCUCCAUCAGUGUGUGAAUGUGUGUGUGAAUGGGUAAAUGUGGAAGUAGUGUCAAAGCGCUUUGAGUACCUUGAAGGUAGAAAAGCGCUAUACAAGUACAACCCAUUUAUCAUUUAUCAUCAUUAUCAUUUAUUUUUAUUCCUUUCAUGAAAAUGCAUAUUUACAAGCCACGUACAAUUGACACUAUCAUUGUUUUUUUUGUUUUUCUUUCUUAUACAUUUCCAUGAUCAGAAAGGAGCAGAUGGAAGAAUAAUAUUCUUAUAUUUAUCUGCCCCCUUUUUAACACCAAUUAUUUUUGAUGACUUUAUAACCGUUCCCUCCACCAACACCCAAACUCCAACAUACUUUUGCAUUUUCCUUUAAGCACUUUCACAAUGACACUUCCAAUCUAAAUCAAAACUCAGUUUGAUAUAAUUUCAGUUUUCUCUUUUUGUAACUCUUUUUAAAAACAAAUAUAUUCUUACAGCUUUUUAAGUCUUUGUUUAGAGAAUUCCAUGCUUUCACACCAACAACAGACAAGCACAUUUGUUUCAAAUUUGUUCGCACUCUUGGAUGUUUAAAGUCAUGCGGCCUUCUGUGGUUCUCAUCUUCAGAUGUGAACACAAAUAACUUUUGUAUGUCCUUCGGAAGAACUUUAUUUCUCGCUUUGAACAUCAUUAAUAGUGUAUUCAAUUCUACAAUGUCUUUUAGUUUUAGUAAUCCUGACCUAAUGAAGAGUGGAUUUGUGUGGUCUCUAUAUCCUACUUUAAAAAUGAUUCGAAUUGCUCUUUUCUGUGAAAGAAAUAAAGGCAUUAUGUUGCUAUGA